CACAAUGACUUGGAUCUAACAGCUUAAAUCGGAAGAAGGGAAUUUGUGCUGCAUCGAGGAAGCCGUUAAACUGCUAAGCGAACUCGCUUUUUUAUGCGUCUAUGCACACGACCGACCUCCUCUAUCACUGACUAGAAAUAAUUUCUGACAAUCCAGGAUAUUCCGAAAGCUUGGAGACAUAUGGCUGGAAAAUGAAACUACCCUGGAGUGUGGCCACAUCAUUAUUUUGUGUCGCAUGGUACCAGAUGCGCAGUUGGUGAAUGGCGCUGGGAUGUGAACGGACAGUUUAACAAUGUGAAUUUUUUCCCCCGUAGAGCUAAGACAGACUUCAUUUCCCUCUUGUCUUUCGGUCUCUAGUACUUGGAAUUUCCCCCUCUCUGCAAUAUCAAUUAACUCAACUUUGCAGUGAGGUAGCCAAAAAGGAAGAGGAUGAAGAGGGCUCUAUAAUCUUAAUAAGUGUCGAGGGAGUCACUGCGCCCCGGGAACCGCGGCGGCGACCCGCCCAUCCUGCGCGGAUUUCGGGGCUGAUACCGCGCGGGCGGUUAUGGAGCGGACCGUGAGCUUGAUCCGCCGAGGAUAGAGACCUGGGCUCGGUAGGGGUGUGCUGAUCUUCAGGCAGACUUGGAGUCCCCUGCUGCCUCUCAUCCGUAGCGUUUUAUAACCAUUUUCAUCGUUCUUCAAAAGUCAUGGACGACGGCCCGCUGCCCGACCUCCGAGACAUCGAGCUGAAGCUAGGGCGCAAAGUGCCCGAGAGCCUAGUGCGCUCGCUCCGUGGGGAGGAGCCGGUGCCCCAGGAAAGGGACAGAGACCCCGCCGGGGGGAGCAGCGGCGGCGGCGGUGGCGGAGUCUGCAGUAGCAGCAGCAGCAGCUGCAGUUUCCCUCUCUCCCUGUCAUCCUCCUCUUCGUCCUCCCCAACCUCUGGCUCCCCACCACCUAGCCAUUCCAGUAGCGCCCUGGAGAGGCUGGAAACCAAGCUUCACCUCCUCAGGCAAGAGAUGGUUAACCUCAGAGCCACAGACGGCAGGCUCAUGCGCCAGUUGCUCCUCAUCAAUGAGAGCAUUGAGUCCAUCAAGUGGAUGAUUGAAGAGAAAGCCACCAUCACCAGCCGAGGCAGCAGUCUCAGCGGCAGCCUGUGCAGCUUACUGGAGAGUCAGAGCACCUCCUUAUAUGGCAGCUACAACAGCCUCCAGGAUGGCAGCGACGGGCUGGAUGGCAUCUCCGUGGGGAGCUACCUGGACACUUUGGCGGAUGAUGUCCCAGGCCAUCAGACCCCGUCAGACUUGGACCAGUUCAGUGACAACUCAGUCAUAGGGGACUCACACGCACUGCACAAGCGUCCCAAAUUGGAUUCUGAAUACUACUGCUUUGGCUAAUGACCCUGUUUUUUGCAUGGGAUUGGUGUGCAAUUAACUUGUAUUUAUUCUUCUUCUCCGCUGCUAUAUUUUUGGUGUGAUUUUUUAAAAUAUGACACCCUUUUAAAAAGAAGCUUAUUUUGAACGGCUUGAUGGUAUUUCUGUUGCUCCUAGUAUUUCUCACCUGGACUGAUUUAUCUUUGUCUCUCUUAUGUCUCUAUUUUUAUUUAUUACAGUGAUUUUUCUCCCUUCUUUCACAGUGGCACAAAUAAGGUAGGGGGAAAAGAAUAAGCAAUAAUUAUGUUUUUGCUUCUGUUUUCAGAGCAAGGGGUCAGGGAUUACAAGAUAAACUCUGCUAAAUUUUACAAUAAACCAAAGUCUGAUAGUA